GCUCGUGCGGGGGUAAGAACGCAAUGGGUAUAUAAGUGCAGACAUUUACUUAAUCCGUAUCACUUGCCGUGGAUCUAAUACCUAAAGCAAAAUGGCAGCUAAGUUCAUCGUUCUUUUGUGCGCGGUCGCCGCGGUGAAGGCGGGCAACUUAUACGGAGGAUCGUACGCCGCGCCGGUAGCGACUUACGCUUCAUAUGCCGCUGCCCCAAUCGCCCUAAAGAGCUACGCCGCUCCUGCUCUCUCAUACGCUGCACCUGCAGUAUCAUACUCUGCACCUGCAUUGUCAUACUCUGCGCCUGCAGUGUCAUAUGCUGCUCCCGCAGUGUCAUACGCAGCUGCUCCCGCAGUGUCAUACGCAGCCGCACCCGCAGUGUCAUAUGCCGCACCAGCAGUGUCAUACGCAGCUGCGCCUGUCGUGAAAGCUGUUGCGCCAGCUGUAUCUACAGUGUCAUCCUACUCAACGCAGACUUCUCACGGUACACCAGUGCUGGCUAAAGCCAUUGCUCCCGUCGCUACGUACGCUGCCGCCGCUCCAGUAGCCACCUAUGCAGCUGCCGCUCCUGCAGUCACCUACGCUGCCCACGCCGCGCCUAUCACCACAUACUCUGCCCCGAUCGCUUCAUACGCUGCUGCCGCUCCUUGGGGUGCGUAUUCCGCUGGCCCCAUCUACAAGUCCGCUUUGAUAUCAGCGGGACACGGUCUUUCCUACGGCAGUCUAGCUGGCCACGGUUGGUGAUCAUCUUAACAUGAAAGUGAAAAUCUAGUUAUGUUAUGUUUUCUAUAUAUUUAUUGUGAUACAACGCGAAUAAAAUUUUAAAUGCCAAA